AUGCCUCCUCAAGCCGAACCGUCCCUUUCACAGGCCCAACGAAUAGCUGCCGAGCCGGAGCCUCGGGUGCUCUGCGGGCUCCCGAUCGGAGUGAGUUACAGUACUCUUUCUUGGAGGAGAUUAAAGACAUUUCCAGGGCGCCGUGGGUAUACUGGGCUCAAUACUGAUGAUUUGUCAGAUUUUUGGGCUUUUUUAUCUUUCGCCAUUCAUGCUCUACUUUUUCGAAAUUUCAAUCGGCUCGGCGAUGAUGUUCAUUUUGUCCACAGGUGCCAAGCACAGAAAGAUCGCCUACGUCACUGCGUACAUGCUGUAUAUAGUAAGCGAAACAUACUUUCACAACAGAACAUGGUUUUGUUUUAGUCUAUGUACACAUUCUGGGUGUUCUUCCUGAUCUUAGGAGCAAUUUUGGCAACUGUCUACUUGGUUGACAACAAUAAUAACAUUUGCAACCCAAGUGAGCUCUGUGCAAAGAGGUGCAAAGAGACUUACAAUAUAAACUAUUCUAGCACACACUGCGAAUACCUCCACUGCAAAAGGAUGCAUCGAAACGAAGUUCACGACUGGAGACGUCGAGAUGGUUAUCAUCUCGUGCUUCUUUCUCACUGUCAGUAUCAUCGUGGCCAUUGUUCAGAUGAGAUAUCUCAUGAUACUCUACAACUUUCUCAGAAGAAAUGCGUACAGAUUGUGAGUACCUUUUUCGUUGACCCCAUUUAAUGUCAAUUAUUAGACCGGCGCAUCACGCCUCCAAUUACAAUGUCCAGUACAUCGUUCCCACUCCGAUCAGUCCCAGUGGAAUGCCACCACCGCCGAGAUACACUGCUCAUGCUCCACCAAUGCCCAUGCAGCCGGGAACCACAACCAAACAGCCGAUACCAACUGACAAUGAUCCGACUGGAAGCCGCAAUGGGUCUAUCGUUCUGUCUCCGACGCCAAUUUUGACGGCCACCAACGUAGGCGUUCUUUCUGUUCUGGGCCGCGUUCCAACUUCUUGGAUAUCCGUUGUAGUGUGGACGGAAAAUACAUAGAACACUCAUUGCCUAGGGACAGUUUGACUUGAUGGAGAACACUCGCUCAAAUGAUAACGUGCAGAAGAUGGGAGAAAGUUUUUCGUGUUUUGUGUGGGAAUUACAAAUUUAUGGAGGGGACCACUAUGGCAUAGGCCAGAAUUUACAGUGAACGCUAGUGUAAAAAGCAGUAGCGGAUUAUAUAAGCUUGCGAAGACUUCACCGGGUGACCGAACUUGUUUUCCAGCCUACCCCAUCACCUGGAGCUGACAACCUUGCUUUCGGAGAUGACGAUCUCUCCCGUUCCCGUGCUCCGUCGCGCCCUCCAGCCUACAGUGACGUCGUUGAACCCGGCCAUAUCACUGUCCGCAACGACGCUCUUUCCUAA